AUGUAUUCAGUCAUUGUGUGUCUUCUACAGAUGGAUCCAGGUGCAGAUCUGGUUGAUGUAAAAGCUGCAGUGAAAGAAGAGGAGGAGCCGUCUGUGACGGGUGAUCAGCAGAGUACGGAGGAGGAGGACGUGGUUAUGGACACAAUUGAAGAGGAGGAACCUUCUCCAGAUAUCACCUCUUGUGAUGCAGAUGGACAUGAUGUCCAUAGGAGGACGCACUUAGGGGAGAAUCCAUACUCUUGUUCAGAGUGCGGAAAGCGUUUCACAGAAAGGAGGACGCCAUACACAUGUACAGAGUGCGGGAAAGGUUACGCACGGAGGAGUACCUUCAACAAUGGUCAGAACACUCAAACCGCCGAGCGUCCUUUUUCCUGUCCAGACUGCGGCAAGUGCUUCAGCCGAAAGUACUCUCUUACGCAGCAUCGGAAGCUUCACCUAGACGAAGGCUUAUUGUUCUGCUCGGAGUGCGGGAAAGGCUUUAAAACAAAAUAUGAACUCCAAGUACAUUGGAGAGUUCACACGGGUGAACGCCCUUUCCAGUGCUUAGAAUGCGGCAAGUCUUUCUCCCAGAAACAGCCGCUUCUUAGCCACCAGAGAAUUCACACGGGUGAACGGCCUUUUCCGUGUUCGGAGUGUGGUAAAUCGUUCUCGCACAGAGGAAACCUUCUGAUUCACCAGAGAAGUCACACGGGUGAACGGCCGUUUCAGUGUUCGGAGUGCUGCAAAUCUUUCUCGCGGAAAGGAUUCCUUCUGAUCCACCAGAGAAGCCACACCGGCGAGCGUCCUUUUUCCUGUUCGGUGUGCGGGAAAAGUUUCACUCAGAAGGCGGCCCUCACUAUGCACCAGAAAACCCACGAGGGUGAGCGCCCGUUUUCCUGCGCGCAGUGCGGAAAAUGUUUCACUCAGAAGGUGCACCUCAUUACGCACCAGAAAAGUCACAGGGGCGAGCGUCCUUUUUCCUGCCCGGAGUGCCAGGAAUCCUUCAAAUAUAAAUCUGAACUCCUCCUGCAUCACAGAGUUCACACCGGUGAGAAGCCCUUCUCCUGCUCUGAGUGCGGAAAACAUUUUUCACAGAAAGCCAGCCUGCAAAUUCACCAGAAAAUCCACACCGGCGAGAAGCCAUUUUGCUGCUCGUCGUGCGGGAAACGUUUCAUACAGAAAGAACAUCUAACUAAACACCAGAAGAUUCACACGGGGGAGCGUCCUCAUUCAUGUUCAGAGUGCGGGAAAUCAUUCAUUCAUAAAGGACACCUUGUUAAACACCAGAAAAUUCACACCGGUGAGCGUCCCUAUUCGUGUUCAGAGUGCGGGAAAUCAUUCACUGAGAAAGGAGCCCUUGUUCUACACCAGAGAAUUCACACGGGCGAGCGUCCUUAUUCGUGUGCAGAGUGCGGGAAAUGUUUCAUUCAGCGAAUACACCUUAUUAUACACCAGAGAAGUCACACCGGUGAGCGUCCUCAUUCAUGUGCAGAGUGCGGGGAAUCUUUCACUGAGAAGGAAGUCCUUGUUAAACACCAGAGAAGUCACACGGGUGAGCGUCCUUAUUCAUGUUCAGAGUGCGGGAAAAGUUUCACUCGGAAAGCAAACCUUGUUAUACACCAGAGAACUCACACUGGUGAGCGUCCUUAUGCAUGUUCAGAGUGCGGGAAAUCAUUCAAUUAUAAAGGAGAACUUGUUAUACACCAGAGAAUUCACACGGGUGAGCGUCCUUAUUCAUGUUCAGAGUGCGGGAAAUCAUUCAUUUGUAAAGGAGUCCUCGUUAAACACCAGAGAAGUCACACGGGUGAGCGUCCUUAUUCAUGUUCAGAGUGCAGAAAAUCAUUCAUUUGUAAAGCAGUCCUCGUUAAACACCAGAAAGUUCACACGGGGGAGCGCCCUCAUUCAUGUUCGGAGUGCGGGAAAUCAUACAUUCAUAAAGGAGACCUUGUUCACCACAUGAGAAGUCACACGGGAAACCUUGUUACACACCGGAGAAGUCACACAGGUGAGCGUCCUCAUUCAUGUUCAGAGUGCGGGAAAUGUUUCACUAAGAAAGGAGCCCUUGUUACACACCGGAGAAGUCACACGGGUGAGCGUCCUCAUUCAUGUUCAGAGUGCGGGAAAUCUUCCACCGAGAAACAUACUGCGGAGCGAAACCUUGUUACACACCGGAGAAGUCACACGGGUGAGCGUCCUCAUUCAUGUUCAGAGUGCGGGAAAUGUUUCACUAAGAAAGGAGCCCUUGUUACACACCGGAGAAGUCACACGGGUGAGCGUCCUCAUUCAUGUUCAGAGUGCGGGAAAUGUUUCACUAAGAAAGGAGCCCUUGUUACACACCGGAGAAGUCACACGGGUGAGCGUCCUCAUUCAUGUUCAGAGUGCGGGAAAUGUUUCACUAAGAAAGGAGCCCUUGUUACACACCGGAGAAGUCACACGGGUGAGCGUCCUCAUUCAUGUUCAGAGUGCGGGAAAUCUUCCACCGAGAAACAUACUGCGGAGCGUCCUCACUGAGUGC